AUGCGUGCCUGGAAGGCGGUGGCCAGCACACUGGCACUCAGCGGGGCUGAUGUGGUGGUCACCACGCUGCUCUACACCCAUGGCCGGGGUGGCCGGGAUGUCCUGCAGGACCUGCGGCACUUCAACAUCUUCAACUCGCUGCUGGACAUUUGGGGGGGCUGCCUCUACCGCAGCUGCGUGCUGCUGGGGGCUGCCAUCGGGGUGGCCACCAACACGGCCUAUGGCCCCCGGCGCCUCAGGGCAUCGCGGACCUUCAUCGCCGUCGUCUGCCUCCUCAUGGGCAUCUACAUGAUGGUGAAGCUGCUGCUCUACUCGGAGGUGCGGAAAACCAUCAGGGACCCCUGGUUCUGGGGGCUUUUUGCCUGGACCUACGUGACCUUCCUGCCCUACGACACAGGGCUGGCCAUCGAUGGCAUCGUGGUGCAGAAGAGCAUGGACCGCUUCUCCACGGCAGUGCUGGUCAUGUCGCUGCUCGCCAUAGGAAGCUCAUUUGCCGCAGGUAUCCGGGGUGGCGUUUUUACGCUCAUAUUUGCAAGACUGAACAUUCGCCUUCGCAACUGCCUCUUCAGGUCGCUGGUGUCUCAGGAGAUGAGUUUCUUCGAUGAGAAUCGCACAGGAGAUGUCAUCUCCCGCCUGACAUCGGACACAACCAUUGUGAGCGACCUAGUCUCCCAGAACAUCAACAUCUUCCUGCGCAAUGUGGUGAAGGCCACGGGGGUGAUCUUCUUCAUGUUCAGCCUCUCCUGGAAACUCUCGCUCGUCACCUUCAUGGGCUUCCCCAUCAUCAUGCUGGUGUCUGAUGUCUAUGGGAAGUACUACAAGAAGCUCUCCAAGGAUGUGCAGAAUGCCCUGGCCAAGGCCAACAACACCGCCGAGGAGACCAUCUCCGCCAUGAAGACCGUCCGCAGUUUUGCCAACGAGGAGGCGGAGGCAAAUGUGUACUGGCAGAAGCUGCAGCAGGUGUACAAACUCAACAAGCGGGAGGCCAUGGCUUACACCUACUACGUCUGGUCCAGCGGGCUGACCCUCCUGGUGGUCCAGGUCAGCAUCCUUUACUACGGUGGGCACCUCGUGAUCUCAGGGCAAAUGACAAGCGGAAGCCUGAUAUCCUUCAUCAUUUACGAGUUUGUCUUAGGAGACUGCAUGGAGUCCGUCGGUUCCGUCUACAGCGGCCUGAUGCAGGGAGUGGGAGCUGCCGAGAAGGUGUUUGAGUUCAUCGACCGCAAGCCAACGAUGGUGAAUGAUGGGUCCCUGGCCCCAGACCACGUGGAUGGGAAGGUGGAGUUCAAAAACGUGACAUUUUCCUAUCGCACUCGCUCUGCAACGCAGGUCCUCCAGAAUGUGUCCUUCACCCUGCACCCCGGCAAAGUGACGGCACUGGUGGGUCCUUCAGGGAGCGGGAAGAGCUCCUGUGUCAACAUCCUGGAGAACUUCUACCCUCUGCAAGACGGGCAGGUGCUGCUGGACGGGCGUCCCAUUAACAUGUACGAUCACAAGUACCUGCACUCAGUGAUCUCCCUGGUGAGCCAAGAGCCGGUGCUGUUCGCCCGGUCUAUUGCGGAUAAUAUUUCUUAUGGCUUAACUUCAGCCUCCUUCGAGUCGGUUGUUCAGGCUGCCCAGAAGGCCAACGCGCACGCCUUCAUCACGGAGUUACAAGACGGCUACCACACAGAGGCAGGUGAAAAAGGAGCCCAGCUGUCGGGUGGGCAGAAGCAGAGAGUGGCGAUUGCCAGGGCCUUGAUCCGAACCCCCCCGAUCCUAAUCCUGGAUGAAGCCACGAGCGCGCUGGAUGCAGAGAGCGAACAUGCGAUUCAGCAGGCGAUUUAUGGCGACUUGCAGAACCACACGGUGCUUGUCAUAGCUCACAGGCUGAGCACUGUGGAGAAGGCACACAACAUCAUUGUGCUGGACAAGGGCCGCGUGGUGCAGCAGGGCUCGCACAAGGAGCUGAUGGAAGAAGGAGGCCUUUAUUCCAAGCUGGUGCAGAGACAGAUCCUGGGGCUGGAGGGGAGCGGCGCGGACAGUCGCCAACCUGCAGCCCGGGGGGAUUCAGUGAAGGCGCCCGGCAGGCUGGAGGAAGAGUUCAGGAUAGACCGUUCCCUGCCAGCCGUGGCACAGGACGAUUACAACACCACGGCUCACAAGUGA